AUGAAGUGUGUCCUCUUUGCUCUCGUGGCCGCCGUCGCCGCCGCCCCCAUCAAGCUCUGCACCAUCAACCGCAACGUCCUCUCCGAAGACAACAAGGUGCUCUACACCGGCAAGCGGUGCGUCAGCGACAACCCGAUGUUCGACUAUGAUCCGGCCACCAAGCUGCUCAAGUCCAAGGACACCAACCGGUGCCUCAAGAUCAAGAAGCAGGAAAUGGAGCUUGUGACCGCGCCGUGCGAAGCCACGGACAGUUACCAGCGCUGGGAGCUCGGGAGCAACCGCGUCAAGUCGGCAGCUGUGGAUCGCUGCCUCAAGGCCUCGACGGAGCCCGAUACGGCCGUCACCCUCGCCAAGUGCGACUUGUCGACUUCGCUAAAGUCGAACCAGUUCCUCGCCGACUGCGACUCGGUCGAGUCAACGUACUUGACGAUCACGCCGACGGUCGGCAAACUGCUCUUGAGCGAGUUCGACGGUAGCCUGUACGCCGACAAGGAGGUCAAGAACCUCAACGAGCUCUUCGUCUGGGAUCACCCGAACGGUAUGCUCAAGAGCGCGAGCAAAAACCAGUGCUUGGACGCGUACAGCGUCGACAAAGGCAAGUUCAAGCUCCACACAUACGCGUGCGACGUCAACAACAGCAACCAAAAGUGGAACUACGACCAGACCACCAAGACGCUCAAGCACGCGACCCACGCCGGCCAGUGCCUGGAUGUCGACCCGUCGUACAAGGACCACCACGUGCAGAUGUGGGAAUGCACGCCCAACAACCUGCACCAGCAGUUUACAAUUGCGCCGUACAAGCCGUAA